AUGUCCCGCCAGUCAACCUGUAGAAGCUUUGGAGGAGGGAGCAGAAGGGGCUACAGCUCUUGCUCUGCUGUCGGUGGUGGCUUUGGAGGAGGUGGUGGCAGAAGCAGGAUGAGCUACAGCUCCUGCUCCUCAUCCAGGGGAGGUGGAGGAGGUGGACAGUGUGGAGGUUCCAGCAGCAGGAGCCUCCAUAGCAUGGGUGGCAGCAGAAGAAUUACCAUGGGUGGCUGCUUUGGUGGUGGAGGCAGGAUGGGUGGCUUUGGUGGAGGAAUGGGUGGAGGAAUGGGUGGCUUUGGAGGAGGAAUGAGUUGUGGAGGAAUGGGUGGUGGAGGAAUGGGUGGUGGAGGAAUGGGUGGUGGAGGAAUGGGUGGCGGAGGAAUGGGUGGCUUUGGUGGCGGUGGCUUCCCCGGAGGCAUCCAACCUGUGCAAGUGGACUCAAGCCUCCUGCGCCCGGUCCAUGUGGAGAUUGACCCCCAGAUCCAGCAAGUGAAAACCCAGGAAAAGGACCAGAUCAAGGUUCUUAACAACCAGUUCGCCUCCUUCAUUGACAAGGUCCGAUUCCUGGAGCAACAGAACAAGGUCCUCUCCACCAAGUGGGAGCUCCUCCAGCAGCAAGGGUCCACAGGGCCGAAGAAGAACCUCGAUUCCAUCUUUGAGAGCUACAUCCAGAACUUGAGGAAGAGGGUAGAGGCACUGAUGGGACAGAGGGGACAGCUGGAGUCAGAGCUGCAGAACAUGAGGCAGUACGUGGAGGAGUACAAAUGCAAGUAUGAAGAAGAAAUCAACAGGCGCACGGCUGCUGAGAAUGAGUUUGUGGUGCUCAAGAAGGACGUGGACUGUGCCUACAUGACCAAAGUGGAGUUGGAAGCCAAGGUGGGAGCUCUGACGGAUGAAAUCAACUUCCUGAGGUGCAUCUACGAGGAGGAGCUGUCCCAGAUGCAGAACAUCAGCCGGGACCUGUCGGUGGUGGUGUCCAUGGACAACAACCGUCACCUGGAUCUGGACAGCAUCAUUGAGGAGGUCAGGAGGCAGUACGAGCAGAUCGCUCAGAGCAGCCGGGCUGAAGUUGAGGCGUGGUACCAGAGCCAGUAUGAAGAGCUGCAGAGCACUGCUGGAAGGCACGGGGACGAUCUCCGCAACACCAAGAUGGAGAUCCAGGAGCUGACCAGGAGUGUCCAGAGGCUGCGAACUGAGAUUGAGAGCAUCAAGAAGCAGAACCAGCAGCUGCAGUCAGCAAUUGCAGAGGCUGAGGAGCGUGGGGAGAUGGCCCUGAAGGAUGCCAGGAGGAAGCUGGAGGAGCUGGAAUGUGCCCUGCAGAAAGACAAGGAGGAGCUGGCUCGCUUGCUGAAGGAGUACCAGGAGCUGCUGAACAUCAAGAUCGCGCUGGACGUUGAGAUUGCCAUGUACAGGAAGCUGCUGGAGGGGGAGGAGAACAGGAUGUGCAACGAUGGAAUGUCCAACGUCAAUGUCUCUGUGGUAGGCAGGACCACCAUGUCUGGAGGAAGAGGAGGCAUGGGAGGCUUCGGAGGCGGCAGCGGCAUGGGAGGAGGAAUGGGAGGAGGCUCCUGUGGAGGUGGAGGAGGCUCCUGUGGAGGAGGCUUUGGAGGUGGAAGCAGCAUGGGAGGAGGAAUGGGAGGAGGCUCCUGUGGAGGUGGCAUGGGAGGAGGAAGCAUGGGUGGCAGCUGUGGCAUGGGAGGAGGGAUGCUCGGUGGUGGCUUCUCCUCUGGAAGCGGAAGGAUGUGCGGGUCCGGAGGUGGCACCAUGGGCUCUGGGGGAGGAUCCUCCUCCGUACGGAGAUGUGUCACAACCACCUCCAUCAAAUCUUCCGGCGUGAGAUUCUGA